CGGACCUCAUUUUUAUAUGCAUAUUAAAUAACAAUUGCUCGAAUUUCAACAUCUUCAGUCCCUUUAAGCAUCUUUUACUCUAGAUUUAAGGUUCCUAGGCACAGCACGCGAUCUUGUACCGCAAUGACGACCGUCCAAACUUCUACCACCACCCCUUCUCUUGCCCGUGCUAACUCGUCCUCGACUGAACGAGCAGGAGCUCCAGCCUCCGCGUUCCACAAACUCGUGGAUCGCGUACGGUUCUCUUACCAUCGGAAUUAUGCCACGACUUUCGCGUCUCUUCCUCCCAUAUCCAACGACCGCCUCAAUGCCUCCUUGAACGAAGCACCACUCGAUGUCUGGUCACUCACAAAAUCCGAGAUUCUGGCAGCGGAAGAAAAAGGGAAGACGGUGCUCUACCUGGCAUAUGGGUCGAAUCUGUGUAAAGAGACGUUUAGGGGCAAGAGAGGCAUCAAGCCUCUCUCGCAGGUCAACGUGCUAGUGCCGGAACUGAAGUUGACGUUUGACUUACCGGGAAUACCCUAUUCGGAGCCUUGUUUUGCCAAUUCGGCGAUGCGAGAUCCGUCAGAGUCGAAGCCCGAGGGCGGGAGUCGUGUGGGCGGAGCAGAUUAUCACAAAGACCGCUGGCACAAAGGGCUUGUGGGAUGCGUGUACGAGGUUACACCAUCCGACUAUGCACACAUAAUUGCGACUGAGGGUGGUGGGACUGCAUAUAAGGAUAUUAUGGUUACUUGCUAUCUGCUACCCGACUCGGACACGGUUCCCUCCUCACCGUCCUCCCCAUCCUUCAAAGCCCACACGCUCUUCGCACCCGCUGCUGAUCCAGACUCCACGCAGGCCUGGGGUCUCCACACACGAGAGCGUUUCUCCCGCCCAGAUCCCAGCUACGCGCAGCCCUCCGCCCGCUACCUCAAACUCAUCACCGAUGGCGCAUCCGAGCUCUCCCUCCCUGCCGAAUACCAAUCCUACCUCUCGCAAAUCCGACCGUACACUAUCACAACAAAGAAACAGGGAAUGGGGCAAAAGAUCUUUCUGAGUACAUGGAUCCCGUUUAUAGCAUUUGUGUUUGGGCUUCAGGCUCGGUUUCAGGAUGAUAAGGGACGCAGCCCUAAAUGGCUCGAGAGGUUGAGUGGGUUGUUGUUUUUGGGGAUGUGGACGAAUUAUGAUGCAGUGUAUAAGAGGAUAUUUGGGGAUGGGGAGAGGACUGAGGGACAGGAUGAGGAUGCUAUGGGUGGGCAAGAGAAAUUAGGUAUUCUGGGAAGGAGGGAGGACAGAGUGAGUUGUGGUAUUGUUUGAAAGCGCUGGGCGGGGUUCUCAUCGUCUUGCCUGGGUAGCGCAUGCUUUGUGCGUUCUAUCCCAUACUUAUAUCUCUCUCGAGUUGAACCAAACUUAGCAUCUGCUAGUAUGGUUUCUACCUGAUUAGUCUAAUACCUGUAUGCAUGCAUGACGUCCACCCCUUCCAAGGCCUCUCUAUUAGGCUUCGACUUAGUUAGCAUCGCUUAAAAAGUU